GUUCCUCAGAGAACCACCUCCAUCUCUCCUGCUUUGGUUCGGAAGAACUCUCCUGGAAAUGGUCCUGGACUCGGUCCUCGGGCCGGAGCUCACCUCAUCCGGGCCAGCAACCCAGACUUGCGGAGGACGGACAUCUCCAUGGACACGCCCCUGAAGAGGACGAGCAGCGGCAGCUCCUCCAGCUCCAGCACCCCCAGCUCCCAGGGAGGCUCCAACGAGCGAGGUAACUCUGCAGUGAAGCCUGAGCUCAGCUCCAUGCUUUCUUCCCACGACACCAAAGACGAUGGCAGAGAUCUGACCCGACCCAGCCGGCCCGCCGAGGAGUUGGACCUGACAGCUCUGGCCAAAGAGCUGAGGGAGCUGCGUCAGGGGGAGGAGACGAGCCGCCCGCCCGUCAAAGUGACCGACUACUCUUCAUCCAGCGAGGAUUCGCACAGCAGCGAGGAUGAGGAGGGAGAGGGCGGUGCCAACGAUGGAACGGUGGCCGUCAGCGACAUACCGCGCAUCAUGCCUCCGGCGAGUCAGAGUGCGAACGAGUCGUUCGGCGUGAUGGGCGGCCACAACGAUGCCCACGAUGACUCGUACGGAGAAAACUCCCAGGACAGCACCAUGAUGAUGCGAGAGAGGCAUAGGGGACGGAGGCGGAGCUCUGCUGCCAGCAACGGUUUCCCUGGCAACGCUAGUUCAUUCCUCGGCAACACCAAUCUCCCAGAUUUGGUGCAACAGAGCCCCUCCCCUCUGGCCUCCCCCGGGGACGCCUCUGGGGUCCAAUUCGGGAUGGGAGGCAGCGGAGGGUCCAAAGCUUCCUUCACUCCCUUCGUGGAUCCGAGAGUUUACGGGACUUCUCCGACAGAUGAGGACGAUAAAAGCACGACUGCAGCGCUGUUCGCCGAUGAGCUCCUGAAGCAGGAGCAGGAGGAGGCCAGGCUCAAUGAGGCCCGGAAGKUCUCGGUGGUCAACGUGAACCCAACCAACAUCCGUCCGCACAGCGACACGCCCGAGAUCCGAAAGUACAAGAAGCGUUUCAACUCGGAGAUCCUGUGUGCAGCUCUGUGGGGCGUGAACCUGCUGGUGGGGACAGAGAACGGCCUGAUGCUGCUGGACAGAAGCGGCCAGGGCAAAGUCUACAACCUGAUCAACCGAAGGCGCUUCCAGCAGAUGGACGUCCUGGAGGGCCUCAACGUCCUGGUCACCAUCUCAGGGAAGAAGAAUAAGCUGCGAGUUUACUACCUGUCUUGGCUGAGGAACAGGAUAUUACACAACGACCCAGAAGUGGAGAAGAAACAGGGCUGGAUCACAGUGGGAGAUCUGGAGGGCUGCGUGCACUACAAAGUUGUGAAAUAUGAGAGGAUUAAAUUCUUGGUGAUUGCUUUAAAGAACUCAGUUGAAAUCUACGCUUGGGCACCUAAACCUUAUCACAAGUUUAUGGCCUUUAAGUCUUUCACAGAUCUGCAGCAUCGUCCUCAGCUCGUAGACCUGACCGUGGAGGAGGGCCAGAGGUUAAAGGUCAUCUACGGCUCCAGUGUUGGUUUCCARGUCAUCGAUGUGGACUCUGGAAACACUUAUGACAUUUACAUCCCCUCACAUAUCCAGGGUCAGGUGACCCCACACGCCAUCGUGGUUCUGCCCAAGACGGACGGCAUGGAGAUGCUGCUGUGCUACGAGGACGAAGGCGUCUACGUCAACACCUACGGACGCAUCACCAAAGACGUGGUGCUGCAGUGGGGCGAGAUGCCCACCUCUGUUGCCUACAUCCACUCAAACCAGAUCAUGGGUUGGGGAGAGAAGGCCAUUGAGAUCCGCUCAGUGGAGACGGGACACCUGGACGGAGUCUUCAUGCACAAGAGAGCUCAGAGGCUGAAGUUCCUGACAGAGAGGAACGACAAG